AUGGCUGCUCUUAUCACCAACCUGGACGAGCACGCCAGACGUCUUGCACGUGACAUACAACAGCACUGCACCAACGCUCAAACCCGCCUUAACAACGCCCUUAAACAGACUGACAUCCAACCCAAAGCAGCACUCUACUCCCUCCUCCUCUUCGCCGCAUUCACAUACCUCACCAUCGCCGCCACCAACCUAAUUCGCGCCCGCAGACAAAACAAUCCACGACCCAGUACACCCAACCUCGAGAAACGGUCUCCGUUCAAAACACCGGAUCGCCCUCCAGGAGUAUGGCCACCCUCAGACUUCACCCGGCCUCCGGCGACCCCCUACCCAUCCUUCUCUCUCACUACCACUAAGCCCCUCCCUUACCGUCCCUUCCGCCACGGCCCGAAGUACAACAUCACAAUGGGUCUUCGCAACAUGAACUGGGACGAAUGGAUAGAACUCGACAAUCAGUAUAUGCAGUUCCACGACCUAAAAGCAAGACGGAUAGAAGAGCGAGGAGCGAAAUGCAUCAGAACAGCCCCAGAAGCCGUCCCCGCCGCAGUGGAACUCCUCGAAGAAUUAUCUUCCUACCUACCACAACGUUAUCCCACCGUCUUCCAGACCAUCCCCUCUUCCGAGGGUAUCAAGAACGGAUUCAGGAAUUUGGCCACGGGCGAAAUCUUCGAUGUUGAAAGACUGGAGAGGAAUGGCGUGAAGGAGGAUGCGAUGGAGAUGUGUGCGAGGUUGGUUCAGGAUGAUCUUGCUAUUAUGGUUGAAAAGGAAGAUGGACAGUAUUAUCUCCUCGCUGGUGCGAUACUCUUAGCAGGGUUUUGGAGGUUGGAGGAUAAGUUUGGGAUGCCGCUGUCUACUAUUCAUACUAGUGGGGAUGUGCCUGGCCUCCCUCAGUUGACGCACGAUUUGCUUACAAUGCUGAACAACAGUUUCAAAACCAAACUCGAAAAACCAAUGUCCAACUUCUUCCGGCGAAUCCAACCCCAAUCCCCCGUGCUACGAAACAAUUACUUCAUCCAAGUCGACGACAACCUCGCGUGGAGCUCUAGUAUAGGGCCUGAAGAUACAGAGGGAGAAGGCGGGAUAGGCUGGUUUACAGCGGAGAAGAACAAGGCGGUUGAGCAUCAUUGGUUUAGGAGUGAGAGACAGAGUCUGAGGAGACUCCCCAAAUCCGGCGGCGUAGUCUUCACAAUCCGGACCUACUUCCACCCCAUCACGGAAAUCGCACAGGAGCCCUACGUACCGGGUAGACUAGCCAGUGCGAUUCGUUCUUGGGGGGACGAUGUGAGUCGGUACAAGGGGAAGGAGAUGUAUGGAGAUGUGCUGUUGGACUAUUUAGAUAGGAAACAUCAAGAGCAGGUGGAGGCGGGGCUGGAUGUUGAGGCUGAAGAUGGGGUGAGGGGGUAUCCUUUUUGA